CCAGAUUCUCCCGAAGCUCGGUUGCGCUGCGAGGUCGGCGGAUGAUCGACCAGAGCUCGAGUGGAGGCGGCGGCGGACGAUCGGUGGAUGGUGUCGCCUUCUUCUUCUUCUCCUCCUCCUCCUCGCCCCGUGGAAUCCCGGAGAAUGAAUGCUCGUCUGUCACCUGGUCCCGUCACCCCGCGGAAAUGUCGAGGAUUUUAGGCCGGGGGGAAUGCGCCGGCGCAUCCUCGGUGCGGAGCUCGGGGAGAGGCGAAGGAUGAGACUGGGUGGGUGAGCCGGGCGGGAAGCAGGGGCGAGGAGAUCGACCGCGCGAUGGAUCAUGAGAUCAAGGUGAAUCAAGAGAUCAAGGAGGAGUUGAAGGAUCUCCGCCUGCAGCCCAGCGCGUGGAAUGCGGCUUGGGAGCAAGCGCAGGGCGCGGUGGUGCCGUCGAAGGAGAUCAAGCGCGCGGCCAACAUUCUGGUGAGGUGGGAGCAUGUGCAGCAGAGCAUGGGCUGGCUGUUGCUGACGCAUAUCGGAGUGAUGCUCGGCUCGUUCGGGCAGCUCAUGUCACGGGACGUGUGCGGCCUGAGCUGGGGGAUCUUCACCCUAGAGGCCAUCCUCAAGUACGGGCGCAGCUGGGCGCACUCCCUAUACUUCCGCGGUGUCCCUUGCGCCAUCGUCGCGCUCCACAACAAUAACCGCGACACCGCUUCCGCCUCCCUCGUGGUGUUCUUCAUUUCCGUGCUAAUUGCCACUCUCGUCGAAACGGUUCUCUACGGGUUUUACAUCAAAUACACCUUGAAAUUCUGGUACGCGAAUAGUGAUUGCUACAACGAAGGCGCGGAUUGUACCGAUGGCAAGACCAAUCUGAUGGAUAUGCUCAUCAUCAGCAUGAUCAUCGUGUGCUUGCACUGGGCCUCGAGCCUGCGCACCGUGCUGGCCGCCAUGGGGAUGGGCAUCAGCGCCCGAGUCCGGGACAGCAGCAGCUGGUUCCGACGUUUCUCUAAAUUUCUCAGGAAACGGGAAGAGAAGGAUCGGCUCAUGUGCCUGACCUGGUGGGUUCACAUGGCCCGGCAUGGGCAUCUGACGGCCGUGGUGGCCAGCGCGCAAGACUCCGACUGCGGCCUGCCAGGCCACUGGUUCAAGAGCAAGGAGGAGCUCUUCAAAAUCGUCGAGGAGUGUGACAAAGGCGACCACGUCCAUCUCGACACGUCGCGCCUGCUGUGGGUGUCGCAGGAGAUGGCGCUGCGGGCUCUGAUCAGCCUGGCCAAGCAGGAAAAGCUCCACAAAGGCGACGAUUUUGCGCUCCUGGUGCGCGUCGUGCGCGACGGGAGAACCGAGUCCUGCCGCGGCCUGGCGGCGACCGCCAUCGCCGUGCUGGCUAUGCAGCCCUCCGUGCUGCCGCUGAACUUUCUGAUUGAGACCGUGGAGCCGCUGAAGCGCCUCGCCGGUUCCGAGGCCGUCGAGCACGUCGAGGUCGCCCUCGGGGCCCUGCUCAAUGCCUCAAUAUCUGGUGAUGAGUGCACAUCGCCAAAUUCCCCCACCGUCAUUGAGCUCAUUCUCGACAGCAACAUUCUCGACAGCAACGAGGUCGGCCGCAGCUUCAUGUCGUGCCUCAUUCGGCACGCCCACAUCCGCAAAUCCACGCUUUGUCAAGAGCUCGCCGUCCGCUUAUUGAGCCACCUGGUCGAGAAAGAGAAGCGCGCUCGAGAGGCGCUCAUGUCGUACAAGGACGAGCAGGGAGGAGUCCCAGACUUGCAGCUCUGCACCGCCUUGAUCAAGCACGGCGUGUCGUCUCCGAUCAAAGCCGGCGGGGCGGCAGUUCUCGCCGAGAUCGCUUACUCGGAUGACCGGGAGGUCAAAGGGAGCGACCCUCACAUCGAGGAGUGCAUUCAGGCGCUGGUCACGGCGCUCAAGUCGACGACGGCGAAAUUGAUCAUCGUCUUGGCCGCCAAGGCCUUGUGCAGACUGGCUUACAACAACCAGGACGUCAAAGCCGCAAUCGUCAAGGCCGGAGGCAUCCCUCCACUGGUGGAUCUGCUUAAAGACGCCCUUCCCGACUCCGACCUCCAUGACAUUAACGGCCAGAUCCCCCGCGAGGAAGACAAUAGAUCGACCGUCACUCCUCUAAAACCUCACCUCGAAGAGGAUAUUCGAAGCGAUGACGUUCGACUCGAUGCGGCCAGGGCUUUGCGAAUCCUGGCUCUCAACAAUCCCGAGCACCAAAAGCGGAUCGCAGACGCGAAAGCGAUUCCUCUGCUGAUAAAACUGAUGGCUAGUGAAGAUACCAAGCUGCAGGUCCAAGCGAUGGCUGCUCUGUUGGGUCUUUCCUUCGAAAACCCGAACAUUAAGGGUAUGAUCAGCGAGUUUGACAACGGCGUGAUCUUCUCGAGCCUCAUGGAUGUUCUCAAAUCCAAUGAAGGCCUUGACCCCAUGGCCGAGGCUAUUCUGGAGAAAGUCGCUCAUCUCACCAAAUCUCUGUUCGAGGGGAAUAAUUCGAAUCGGCAGCAGGCUGUGAAGCAGAGCAUGAUGGACAAACUUCGAGAGUGCAUCGACAGUGGGAAUUAUAGGAAAAACGGGGAAGCCAUCCAGAGCGCCAAGGAAGCUUUUAAAAUCUUAUCGGGUAACAACUGACACGAUCAGGUCCAGCCUUUCUUCAUGAUCCAAACAUGCCCCGUCCUGAAUCCGAGCUGCAAUGGCAUGGCGGGAACGGUAGUCAUAGCGUGAUUCAGUUGUGUCUGUUUGGGUUUGGUGAGAGAAAGACCAAAAGGUAGUCGAAAAAUUCGACAUUACGAGAUGAACUCCGGCAGUGGUCCGAAGUGAGAAAUCGGCUAAGAAGCCACUGACGCAUUUAGUUCUCCGCGGAUUUGGUUUCGGGUGAUGAGAAUUUGUUUGUAAACGGUUUAUAGAAGUGAGAAAAGUUCACUAAAAAGGUAACUAAGAGCUGAAACAAACCAAACCCAAUUCUCUCCCAUUUGAGAGUCGCUAAGGUUUUAAGAAGACUAAACUACCAAGGAACUGAAGGUGGACGAUUAGUAUAUAUUCAUUAUAGUAUAUACUAUAAGUAAAAUCUGAAAAGAAAACAUUAGCAGGGCACACACAUUAAAACAAACGCUUGUAAUGUACACAUUGCAGUUACGAUUUCUGCGGAACAUGCACUGUAAAGCUCGAUGCAAACACUGAAAAAAAAAGGUUGUAGUGUACAUAUUGAACACAGGAUUUGUGCGCUUGGCAACACUGAAAUCACUAACGGUUAGCUGUAUCAAUCUGCGCAGACAUUAGAAUUCGCAUCUGAGCAUAUCAUGGAUAAUAUGAUAGUAAACGUUUCUCCCGA